AUGCAAGAGAAGAUCAGUGUGUUGGCAGCUAUAUCAGCACAGGUUGGACUCAUCAUCCACAAUGAGAAGACCAAGAUCCUUAAGAUCCUUAAGACCAACUUCAGCAACAUCAACUCAAUCACUCUAAAUGGAAGUCCCCUGGAGGAAAUACAGUUCUUCACCUACCUGGGUAGCAUCAUCGACAAGCAAGGUGGAACAGAUACAGAUGUCAAGGCAAGGAUCGGCAAAGAGUUGCCUUCAUCCAGCUCAAGAGCAUCUGGGCUUUCAGAGAGUUAA